GGCCUUUGGAGUCCUUACCAGGGGAGGAAAUCUUCCACAAACAUCGCAACCGCCAUCUCCCCAUAGAAAUUAUUCCGCUAACUUUCUGCAAAACCUUGGAGAAAUAAGGACUGCUAAGGCCAAUGUAAUCGAUGGUUUACUCACGGCCUACAAUCAGCCGACAACUGGUAACAUAGACGCUC